CAGCAUUCCACGCGACCGCAGAAGCGCAUCCGAAAGCGCGCGAUCUAGCGACCGUCUUUGUUCGAUGGCGAGCCAUAAGCCGCUUUAGCAGACAGAAGAGUCUUCUGUCGAAAGAAACGAAAGGAGGCCAUUCCAUCUUGUAAAAGAUCGUGACGGGCAUCACGGACGACGCUGAAUCCCCCUGAAAAAAUUCCUGCAAAUUAUUUGGAGAGCUUCAUGGAGUUCACCAGGGGACCGCAUGGAGAAAACUGUGACCCAUUGGAUCCACAAGUGAACCGCUUGGGGAGCACUGCUGCCAACCUUGAUCUUCUUCAUUAUAGAUUUAUGGGAACUGGCGUGGACGGACAUGGAAUGUUCAUCUCUUCAUAACAGUGGAAUCUGGCGGUGGCCACCAGUGAAAACUAUGCUUAGCGCAUUGCAGCGGUCAAUUGGAAUUUAUAUAUCUGGCUACGUUUUAUUGGCGGCAGUUACAAUCAAACAAUCAUUAAAGGAUCAUAUUCGUCACCCUUUACAAGUGUAUCAACAAUACGUGUCUAAUUGCAUUCGUGUGGUUUACUUUGUCACGUCUGAUUAAAAUCCUUCUGCUUUUAAUCUCUCCCACGUUUCCAAUUCACAAAUUUACCCUCACUCAGACGUUCACCUAAAGCAACCAGCGUGAGAUUGAGUUCCUUGGACGCGAUGGUUACCAUCGAGCCAUGGCAGUCGCGAUAAUCGUGCCUCUCACACCGUGCACGAUGGCCCUGGGAGCCUCUACGUUUCACGAGAUAACGUGAGAACUUUGCACUCGUGUACUCGAAGGCGUGCCCCUGGGCACGCCUUCGAGUACACGCACGAGAUGACUCCUGCGCAGCGCGCCUCAGUAGAUAGGAGGGAAGUGGUUGCCAUUGGCACCCCGUAGGACUGAGCGGGUGGUGUAGUCGUGAUCCCCGUCUCAGCGAUGGCGUCUCUUCACCGCACGCUUCUUCUCACGGUGUUCAUCACUCAUCUGACCGGAAGCCAGUCUAUUGAGGACAGGCAGCGCACCGUGGAGAAAGAUGUGGAUGAAGGUCAAAAAUGGGACAUAUUUGACGUUAACAAGGAUAUGAACCUGAUUGAGGGAGACAUUGCGUAUGACCAGGUGUAUGCAAGAGGUCGAAGUGCAGUCCGUGAUGACCGCUACCGAUGGCCCAAAACCAUCCCUUACUACCUGGACAUCAGCCUUGACGUGAAUGCCAAGGGCGUUAUUAUGCAAGCGUUUGAGAUGUACCGACUCAAGACCUGUAUCGACUUCAAGCCCUGGGCUGGCGAGCGAGAGUACAUCCAAGUCAUCAAAGGCAGCGGGUGCUGGUCCUAUGUGGGCAACCUUCACUACGGGAAGCAGGAGCUCUCCAUCGGCGCCAACUGCGACCGCCUGGGCACCGUGGAGCACGAGUUCCUGCACGCGCUCGGCUUCUGGCACGAGCAGUCGCGCGCCGACCGUGACGACUACGUCACCAUCGUGUGGGAUCAGAUCCUGAACGGCAGGGAAGGGAACUUUGACAAGUACGAGGACGACGUGACGGAUCUACAGAACGUGCCCUACGACUACUCCUCCAUGAUGCACUACGGCGCCAGCGCCUUCCAGAAGGCCGAGGAGCCCACCAUCGUCACGCGCAUCCCUGACUUCAUGCAGGUCAUCGGCCAGCGCUCCGACUUCAGCAAAUAUGACCUCCAGAAGCUCAACCGCCUCUACAACUGCACUCGAUCGCUUGCGUUCAUGGAGCAGUGCAACUUUGAGGAGCUCAACAUCUGCGGGAUGAUCCAGGGAGCCGGUGACACGCUCGACUGGCAGCAAGUCACGUCCGCUGUCAAUGGACCCGCUUCAGACUUCACUCACCUGACAAGUUGCCCGGGGAAGGGCAGCUUCAUGUUCAUGAACACCUCAGUGGGCACCAACGGGAGCCGUGGGCUACUCGAGACGCGGACGCUGGUUCCAAAGCGCCAGCAGGACCAAUGCCUACAGUUCUACUACUCCGGCAGCAGUGGGCAGCGUGGGGACAAGCUCGGGGUCCACGUGCGCGUCGGCAACUCCACCGAGCUCAAGGAGGUCAUGGGGGUCACUGAUUUCAGUGACGCUCGGUGGAAGUUUGUCUUCCAUCCACUGGCAGAGACGCAGCCAUUCCGCGUGGUGUUCGAAGGAGUGAAGGGUUCGGCCACCUCUCCAGGGGGCAUAGCCAUCGAUGAUGUCAGCAUCAUGGAGGUGAAGUGUCCCACCCACAUGUGGCGUAUCCAGAAUUUCUCGCAAGUUCUGGCGUCGUCGCCGUCGGGGCCCGGGGGCACGAUCUACAGCCCGCGGUUCGAGAGCGGCGAAGGCUACAACUUCCAGAUCUCCAUGUACGUCAAUGGCACCAGCGACAAUCCCGGGAACCUGGCGCUGUAUUUCCACCUGAUGAGCGGCGACAAGGACAACUCACUGACCUGGCCCUGCCCGUGGAAGCAGGCGACCAUGAGCGUGAUGGACCAGCACUGGGACGUCGGGGACCGGAUGUCGCGUACUCGCAGCGUCACCACCGAUCCGAAAUACGAGGGCACCAACCCUGACGGAACCACUUACUAUUACUGGGACCGGCCAGACAAGGUGGGGUCUCUGGUGUCCGGUGAAAAGUACUUCCGGGGACCCGGUCUGGGAACGAGCAGCUUCAUGUCGCAUCACACGCUGCUCUCACGCAACUACGUCAAGGGCGACGAGCUCAUGGUGCUCAUCGCCUUCGCAGAUGUGGCCCACCUGGUCGCGGAGCAACCACGCCCCUCGGCUACAGCCAAACCGCCGGUUAUUCCCGGCCAGACGACACUCAAACCCGGCGAGACCAAACCUCUGGACCCGUGCACGGAUGUGGAGUGUUUGAAUGACGGAGUCUGCCUCGUGCAAGAUGGGAAUGCUCUUUGUUUUUGCCCGCCCCUGGCUGACGGCUGGUACAAGGACGAUCGCUGCAAGCGGGGCUCUGAUUCAGACAUCGUGAUCCCCGCGGCGGUGACGGGGGUGGUGGUGUUCGUGGUGAUGCUCGCCGCCUCGGGCCUCACCUUUUUCCUGCUGAAGAGGAAGAAUAAAAAACGAGCUGCCCACAAGCAGGCAAAGAGUCAGAAUGCUACUAACUUGUGAGAGGUGAGGAGGCAUUCAUUCGAUAUCAGCCGGGAUGCUUGAGUAGCUGAGUAACAAACAUCGCCACUGACAUUCAGAGCCAAAGGAAGAACGCAAGACCUCUGAUUGAGCAUUUUCCUGGGAAUUGUAAAUUGAAAAUGUUUAUCUGUUAUUAAAGAGUAAUUUUAACAUUGUUUCCAAUUGGUUAAACAUAUGUUAAUUAAUUGUACAGGCAUAAGGUGUGAUAUUUGAAAUAUGCACAAUACGUUUUGGGUAUGAAACGUCAUGUACACAUGAAUAGUAGGUUAUUAUAUGUAAUUGUGUGUUUUACUCAGAUUGUUUAAAAUUAUAUUUGGGAAGUGUUGACAGACAAUUAUGUGAGCUCAAUGUUGUUGCCGUAACAUAUUAGAAAAAAAGGCAUCUAUACAAUAAAUAUGGUAAUGUACACAAUGGCGCUGGUAAAUAAUAAACUGUUUGCAAUUC